CGCACUCUAGCUGCAGGUAUUCAGUCUCACUUUUGAAAGCACUUUUUGGCCGCGGUUGGCUUCCGUAACUGAAGUGAAAGCGCAGCCGAUGGAGAAAAUGGCUACUACCAGCAGCGCUGGCAAGGAUUCGGUUCUCUCUAAAGCAGAGUACCUCAAGAGGUAUUUGGGAGGUGAUAACGAUGGCAAACAGUCCAAAGACAAGAAGACGAAACGGAAGCGAAUUAAUCGCGUUGGAAAAGGGCUAAAAAUAGUUGAUGACGAUGUGGACUGGAAGCAGCUGGUGAACAUAGACGAAAAAGAAAACCAUGAAGAAGACGAUGAAGAAGAGGCACCUGUGGUGGCUGAAGUUAUAGAUGAACGGCCGAAUGAAAUAAAGUGCUUGGAGGAGUUCAGGACUAGCAAUAAGUGGCGCCUUCUGGGAGUUACAAAUGAAGAAUCCCAGGAAUCUCAAGAGUCAUUUGGCUGCUCUUCUGUGCCAAGCACAGAAACAACAUCUCAACAGAAAACCACGGGUUCAAAGGGAACGAGGAAGGGUUCUUCAACUGCCACGACAACAAAAAGGGCUCGCCAUGAUUCUCCUGAUGUUUCAUGCAAGAGAAAAAUGCGUCACGACUCACCUGACCAAUCGCCAGUGAGGAAAAUGCGUCACGAUUCACCUGACCAAUCGCCAGUGAGGAAAAUGCGUCACGACUCACCUGACCAAUCGCCAGUGAGGAAAAUGCGUCACGACUCACCUGACCAAUCGCCAGUGAGGAAAAUGCGUCACGACUCACCUGAUCAGUCGCCAGUGAGGAAAAUGCGUCACGACUCACCUGAUCAGUCACCAGUGAGGAAAAGUUCCAUGUCAUCCUCUCAUCCACAAAGGAAGCAAAGCAGUUCCCAUUCUAGCUCGCAGAAAAAACAAACAAAAGGUUCUCCAUCUAGAAGCAAGACUCGAGGUCAUCCCGUCAGGCAUGACUCUGAUUCUGAUCUGUCUCCACCAAGACUCUCCGGAAAACACUCCCCAGAUCGUUCUCCCCCACGGAAACAAUCACAGCAGCGAAAGAGGAGAGACUCUGAUUCUGACCUGUCACCCCCUCGGAAAAAUAAGCAGACGGCUCAGAGCUCUGACUCUGACCUCUCCCCCCCCAGAAGGGUUUCACGCCACUCUUCAGAUACACCAGUGGGUCCGCAGAUGCUUUCCGGAGGUACAGCGGGCCUGGUGUCUGUAGAAGUUCUGAGAAGGGAGCGAGAAGUGAACCGCAAGCUAGAGAGCAAAAACAUGUCCCUGGAAGAUGAGUCUCGCAAUGCACAGACCAUCUUCAGAGACAAAUCAGGGAAGAGACGGGAUAUUGAACAAGAGCGGGAAGAGCAGCAGAAGAAAGCUGGAGAGAAGGCCGAAAGGGACAUGAAAUAUUUUGAGUGGGGGAAAGGGGUGGCGCAGGGCCAAAUGCAGCAGCAGAAUGUGCAGGAUGCACUGAAGGAGGUGGAGAAACCACUGGCACGGCACAUCGACGACGAGGACCUGGACCGCAUGCUGCGGGACCAGGAGCGCGAGGGCGACCCUAUGGCCGCAAUGCUGCGCAAGAAGAAGGAAAAAGACUCUCAGCGCAAGGGAGUUAAAGAGAAACCUCGCUAUAAAGGACCUGCCCCUCCCCCAAACCGGUUUAACAUUAUGCCUGGGUAUCGUUGGGAUGGUGUGGACAGGUCAAAUGGGUUUGAGAAGCAGCGGUACAGCCGGAUGGCGGAGCAGAAAGCUGUGCAGGAGAUGGCGUAUAAAUGGAGCGUGGAGGAUAUGUGAGCCUGGCGGCACGUCUGUGGGAACGCUCUCUGGAAAGAUCGUUUUGGUUAUAUACUGUACAAAAAAAUCUGUUUUAAAAUUUUAAUGGAUACUUUUUUUUUUUUUUUUUAAAUAAAAUCCAAAAAAGUG